AUGGCCUGCACGCGAAGAAUGGCCGUGGCUGCCUUCAAUGGCUGCCGGUCAUCUACGUACCAGCCAUUCGCACCGAGCACGCGACGCUGGAGCUCGGCGUCUGGCGUCAGCACGCCGCUGCCUCUGGAAGGAUACCGUGUGCUAGACAUGACGCGAGUCCUUGCCGGUCCUUAUUGUACACAGAUUCUAGGUGAUCUUGGCGCUGAAAUCAUCAAGAUUGAGCAUCCUGUGCGCGGCGACGACACAAGAGCUUGGGGCCCUCCAUAUGCCAGGUACACCAAAGAGUCUGGCAGACAGGGUCCUGGCGAGGCAGCUUACUUCCUCGGAGCGAAUCGCAACAAAAAAUCCAUCGGCAUCUCUUUCCAACACAAGGGUGGUGUCGAUAUCCUGCACAAACUCGUCGAAAAGUGCGAUAUCCUGGUAGAAAAUUACCUGCCUGGCACACUCAAGAAGUAUGGCAUGGACUAUGAGACACUUGGUAAAAUCAAUCCUGGCCUAAUUUAUACCUCAAUCACCGGCUAUGGCCAAACCGGUCCCUACUCUAGCCGCGCCGGAUACGAUGUCAUGGUUGAGGCUGAAUUUGGUCUCAUGCACAUCACCGGCGCUCGCGACGGCCCUCCCGUUAAGGUUGGCGUCGCCGUUACUGACUUAACCACUGGCCUCUAUGCCAGCAACAGCAUCAUGGCAGCUUUGUUAGGAAGAGGCAGGAGUGGUAAGGGCCAACACCUUGAUGUCGCUUUGAGCGACUGUCAGACGGCUACUCUCGCAAACAUUGCCAGCAGCUGCCUCAUCAGCGGCAAGAGAGAUGCUGGCCGAUGGGGAACCGCACAUCCCUCCAUCGUUCCCUACAAGUCAUUCAAGACCAAGGACGGCGACAUACUCUUCGGCGGCGGCAACGACCGCCUCUUCGGCAUCCUCGCCGAGGGUCUCGGCAAGCCCCAGUGGAAGGACGACGUCAAGUACAAGACUAACGCCGAUCGCGUCGCCAACCGGGUCGAGCUUGAGCACAAGAUUGAGGCCCUCUCCCAGCAAAAGACGACCAAGGAGUGGCUCGCCGUCUUCGAGGGCAAGGGCAUGCCCUACGCCGCCGUCAACGACGUCCAGGACACGCUAAAUCUUGAGCACACAAGGGCCCGAAACAUGGUUGUUGAGGUCGAGCACGGCGGCUGCGGCCCAAUUAAGCUAGUCAAUUCCCCCGUCAAGUUUUCCGAGACGCAGCCGGGUGUGCGCACGCCGCCGCCUAUGCUGGGCCAACACACCAACGAACUCUUGUCCGAGCACCUCGGCUUGAGCGAAGACGAUAUUACUGCGCUAAAACAGCAGGGUAUUGUCGGUUAA